ACACCUUCACUUCCAGUUGGCAUCCUGUACGUUUACAGCAUCGGACCGUACGUGGGAUACUACGCCUUCCAGUGGAUCUGCUGUGCAGUGCCGUUACUCUUCUUAGUUGUCUUCGGUUAUAUGCCGGAAACGCCACACUACUUUGUAUCCAAAGGGUUAUAUCAGCAAGCUGCGGCUUCGUUGAUGUAUCUCCGGGACGCUUCAGCCGAUGAAAUUCAACCCGACCUGCUAGCAAUCAAGAAGUUCCUACAAAGGGAUGAACAUAUCCAGAGCACCAACUCUCUGAAGAGCCUGUUCACCCAGCGGUCCAACCUGAAAGCGCUGACAAUCAGUUUCUGUCUGAUUUCGCUUCAACAGUGGACCGGAAUCGAUUGCAUCCUCUCGAACAGUGAGCUUAUCUUCGAGAAAGCGCAAAUAUCGCUAUCGGCAGAUGUGUCCACCAUUAUCAUGGGGGCGAUUCAAGUGGUUUGUUGUUGUGUGACGCUGCUAUUUGUGGACCGCGUCGGUCGGAAACCGGUCCUGAUGAGUUCCGCCUUGGGACUUUCAGUUGCACUGACCUUGCUGGGAGCCUUCUUUAUGAUGGAGCAAAUGAACGUGGACUCAAAGUACAUCGGAUGGAUUCCCUUGACGGGCAUGCUGGGGUUCAUAGCGAUCUUCAACUUUGGCUUCGGGCCGGUACCGUGGGCGAUAGCUUCAGAGAUUUUCGCACACGAUGUGAAAGCCAUUGGAAAUACGAUCAACGUGUCGGUUUCGUGGAUUUUGGACUUUCUGGCGUUGAGAUUCUUCCUGUUGAUUAGCGAAUCGUUCGGCUUCGAGUGGGCCUUCUGGAUGUUUGCGAUCAUCUGUGCGGUAGCCUUCGUGUUUACAAUGUUCUGUGUGGUGGAGACGAAAGGAUUGAGCCUGCAGGAGAUUCAAGAACGGUUGGGGAGAGUGUCGAAGCACGUGGAGGAUGGUGGAAGGGAGUCGUCGUUACAGUAA